UGGUCGAAUUUCUGCGCAUGCGCUCCAUGGAUCGCGCAUCAGUCACGGACUUGGAUCGCGUCUUAGUUAGUGUUUAGACGAAUAAUAACUUAGUGUUUACACGAAUAAUAAAGAUGAGACAAUACCUAUAAUGUAAUUAUCGUUAGGGCAAUAGUUUGGAUACCUAAUGCCAUAUUAGGAGGUGUAUAGCUGACUGUCACUGUUCUUUUGGAGAAGGAAAAUAACAUGGCUGCGGUGGAGCUCGAGUGGAUUCCAGAGUCACUAUAUAACACUGCUAUUUCGGUUGUGGUGGACAAUUACAUUCGAUCAAGAAAGGACAUACGCUCGCUCCCAGAAAACAUACAGUUCGAUGUCUACUAUAAGCUUUACCAGCAGGGCAGGCUCUGUCAGCUAGGAGGGGAGUUUUGUGACCUGGAAGUGUUUGCUAAAGUUCUUCGAGCUUCAGACAAGAGGCACCUUCUACACCACUGUGUCCAGGCUUUGAUGGACCAUGGGGUGAAAGUCACAUUAGUGCUGGCCAACUCAUUCAGCCGCCGCUGCUCCUGCAUUGCAGAUUCUCCUGCUCAUGUGAAAGACAAGGCUAUCCAAUUUGCCUUUCUGCUGGGGGGAUUCUUGUCUGACGCUGGCUGGUAUGGAGACGCUGAGAAAGUUUUUCUUUCCUGCUUGCAGCUCUGUGCGCUCCACAGUGAUGUGCCACACUGUUACAGUGCAAUCGAAUGUUGUGUCAGGAUUCUUCAUGUGCGCAAUGGUAAUUGUAAAUUCCAUCUGGGGGAAGAGACCUUCAAGCUUGCUCAGUCGCAUAUGGAAAAAUUAGCCAAACAUGGCCAUGAGGCCAACAAGGCAGCAUUGUAUGGAGAGUUUUGUGGUUUGCUUUUUGCUAAAAGCCAUUAUGAUGAGGCAUACAGAUGGUGUGUAGAGGCCAUGAAGGAAAUUAUUCCAGGGCUGCCAGUCAAAGUAGUCAUCGAUGUCCUUCGCCAGGCUUCCAAGUGUCUUAAAUCUAUUAAUCUGCUUCAGGCCUGUGUGGUGAAGAGAGAAUUCACAAAGGCAGAGAAACUCAUUAAACAUGGAAUAUUUCUAGCAAGAGAACACUUUGGGCAUAAGCAUCCUAAAUAUUCGGACACAUUGCUGGAUUAUGGCUUUUACUUACUAAAUGUAGACAACAUAUGCCAGUCGGUUACUAUUUACCAGACAGCACUGGACAUCAGACAGUCUGUAUUUGGAGGAAAAAACAUCCAUGUUGCCACAGCUCAUGAAGACCUGGCCUAUUCCUCCUAUGUUCACCAGUACAGCUCUGGGAAAUUCGAUAAUGCGCUAUUUCAUGCAGAACGUGCGAUAGACAUCAUUACUCAUAUUCUGCCUGAGGAUCAUCUGCUUCUAGCCUCAUCUAAGCGAGUCAAAGCCCUGAUCUUGGAGGAAAUUGCAAUUGAUUGCCACAAUAAAGAAACAGAAGAGCGCCUACUGCAGGAGGCGCAUGAUCUGCACUUGUCCUCAUUGGAGCUUGCAAAGAAGGCUUUUGGAGAAUUCAACGUCCAAACAGCCAAACAUUAUGGCAACCUAGGACGGCUCUAUCAGUCCAUGAGAAAGUUCAAGGAAGCAGAGGAGAUGCACAUCAAAGCCAUCCAAAUUAAGGAGCAGCUUCUGGGCCAUGAGGACUAUGAGGUGGCACUAUCUGUGGGUCAUCUAGCCUCCCUUUACAACUAUGACAUGAACCAAUAUGAAGAUGCAGAAAGGCUGUACCUGCGCUCCAUAUCUAUAGGAAAGAAGCUGUUUGGAGAGGGCUACAGUGGGUUGGAGUACGAUUACAGAGGUCUGAUCAAACUCUACAACUCUGUGGGUAACUAUGAGAAGGUAUUUGAAUACCACAAUAUACUAUCCAACUGGAAUCGCUUGAGGGACAGACAAUUUGCCGUGGCAGAUGUCCUUGAGGAUGUCAACACUACACCGUUGAUGACCCAGGAAGUGGUUCAUGCAUUCCUAUUUGGUUCAAAGCUCACCCAAACAAACACCAAAUCCACCCUUGCCUUGGGUGACGUGAUCAAAAUACAUGGCAUUAAGACCACUGAGGACAUAAAAUUUGGACGUAUUUGAUAGUUUGGUUGCAAGCAUUGUGCAAAUUAUACAUUUGGAUGGUUAUGAUGUCACUGCAGUUGCUGACCAGAUUAAUCACUAAUAAAAUACAAUUAAUACAAUUACAAAUAAAAAAUAAUGGGAGAAAAAAAGGAAACAUUCUCAUCUUUUUGCAUCUUCACCUCACCUAGCAGAUUGAAAAAAACUCCAGAAUCCUGAACAAAGUGUUCUCAGAAAGAGCAGGUGGAAAUCCAAAAGGGUCUGCCACAACUGUUAAAAUCCAGUCGAAAUAAUAGAUAUUGAAGUAUUGAUGCUAUUAAAAUGUUACCAACACUG